GUCCUUCCGUUUAUCUUCUUUUCUUUUCUUUUUGCCCUUAUCAUAUGAUAUCAUGAAGUGAGAAACGAAUGAUUCACGAAAGCCCAAACGCCUGUCUUCCUCUCUCUUUCUCUCUCUCUACAUUUAUUAUACGAUCCCACACCAGAGUCUCUAAUUUUGAUUCAUCAAUGAACGCUUUACCUUCUUCACUUGUAUUCUUGCCAUCCCUUUCUCACCCGUGCUUGUGCUAGCAUCAAUAAUUGACACUUGGAUUGCUUUAGCAUCUAGUUAGUUGAUUAUCUGUACGUCUGGAGGAGAUUUUUUUGGAUAUGGCUUCAGAUGAGACUAUGACCAUCCACUCUUCUACGCAGGGAGAUGAGUAUGAAGAUGAUAUCUACGACGGGUAUGAUCAUGAUCAACAACCCCAUCCCCUCAACUUAUCCAGGCUUUCUGUGUGUACAAGCAAUUCCAUGUAUGGGAAUGAUGAAGACGAUGAAGAUGGCAAUGGCAUGAGGAUGUUCAUCUCGCGCUUGUCCAUUGAAAGCUUUGAUGCGGACGGGGAAUUCUCCGAUGAAAAAGAAGGCAAAGAACGAACAGGGCUGUCGUCUGACUCCGAUGAUGAACCUGGUUGUUAUUCACUUCCACCAACACCCCGGCGACGUAGGAACCGGUCGUGUGGACUGCUGAAUCUGAAUCAUCACCAGAAGCUGAUAGGGGUGAAAGAGUACGCCAGCGAAAAUGAAGCGCAAAAGGGUGUUUUAGUAAGAAAAAGGAUGCGGAACAAUGCAAGGAGGAGUAGAAUGAUAAGGGAGAGAUCGGUCUUGGAAAAGUAUAGUUGGGACAAUUUUGAUUGCAACAAGAGCAAGAGCAACAUGAUGAUAAGCGCGAGCACGGGGACGGAUGUUAAUUGUCAUAGCGGCGUGAGUGGGGAAAGUGACCAGGGAGGCGGGGCUAGCGGCGGAGGAGGAGGAGGAGGAGCCGGGUUGAUGGUAAUAACAAGGCCAAAGGGAGGGAAAAGGUCACUGUGCAUGGACUUGGAGGAAGUGAAGGCCUGCAGAGAUCUUGGGUUUGAGCUCGAACACGAGCGCAUGCUGGAGAUGCCCUCUCGUCUCUCUGUUUCUGGUUCUACACUUGACACCAGCAGUGGUGGCAAUUCCCCAAUUGCCAACUGGCGCAUCUCCAGCCCUGGUGAUGAUCCACGAGAUGUGAAGGCUCGGCUCAAGGUCUGGGCACAGGCAGUGGCGCUAGCGUCUACAUCUCGACAGGGAAACUGAAACUGACUAGUUUGCUAUCCAUCAGUUACGCAUUUUCCAUUUCUAAUUCUGUUAGCUCGGCCUCUCUGUUUUUUUCCUGUCCACGAAAGGGGUUAUAUAUAUAUUCUUGAAGCUUCUCUUCAAUUUUUCUUUUUUCCUCCUGCUGGGAUUUUAGAUUCAGCUUCCUUUACAUAUGUAAAUAUCCCGAUCACUGUUAAGUAUAGCAGGGUUGAGGAUGGAACCAUGAUGAUUUUUCGAGUUUGGUCUGCCCUUGUAUUCACUCUCUCUUCAGUUUUUGCAUGUUGAUUGAUUUGAGUGCUUACUUUACUCCAUUGGAAAGAGGAUUAUGUAUAAAUGUAUAAUACCGUGUGUGCAAGGAAAAUGCAUGUGAAAUUAUUCAGUGAUAUUUUUUA